CAGCAGCUGUUGGUGGUUAAAGAAGAGCAGCAGGAGUGGAGCUCCAGUCUGGACCAGGAGGACCCAGAGCCCCCACACAUUAAAGAGGAACAGGAGGAACUCUGGACCAGUCAGGAGGGAGAGCAGCUCCAAGGUCUGGAGGAGGCUGAUAUCAAGUUUCCAUUCACUUCAUUCACUGUGAAGAGUGAAGAUGAUGAUGAAGAGGAAGCUCAUUCCUCAAAGUUUCAUCAAAGACAAACUGAACAGAUGGAAACAGAAGCUGAUGGAGAGGACUGUGAAGGACUAGAUUCAGCCAGGAACUCAGAUCCAGAUAGACAUCCAGGACCAGAUACUGUUGACAAGUCUGGAGACUCUUCUGAACCUGAGACUGAACACAGUGGUGAUUGGACAGAGACCAGAGAACCUCAGUCAGGUUUAAACUCUGUGAAUAAUGAUGAAGUCACUGUCAGUGAAUUUACAUGUAGUACUGGUGAGAAACUUUUUAGAUGCUCUGAGUGCGGGAAAUUAUUUGGCUUCAGGGGAAAUCUGAAGAUACACAUGAGAAGUCAUACGGGAGAAAAACCUUUCAGCUGUUCAGUUUGUAAGAAAUCUUUUACACAUAGUAGAAGUGUACAGAAACACAUGAGAAUCCACACAGGAGAGAGACCGUUCAGCUGCCCGGUGUGUGAGAAAGGUUUCAUUGAAAGUGGAGAUCUGAAGAGGCACAUGAGGAUUCAUACAGGAGAAAAACCUUUCAGCUGCUCAGUCUGUAAGAUCUUUUACUCAGAAUGGAAGUUUACAGAAACACAUGACAACUCACACAGGAGAGAAACCUUUCAGCUGCUUAGUGUGUGGUAAAGAUUUCACUGAAAGUGGACAUCUGAAAAGACACAUGAUAACACAUGGAGGAGAGAAACCAUACAGCUGCUCCGUUUGUAAGAAAUC